AUGACCGAGGAGGCAGCCAGGCAGCUUCUGACGAGCGCCGGGUCAAGCUUGGAUGGGCUAAGUCCCGAGUGCCUGCGGGCGGCCACGGACGCGCUGCAAAUUUUUCGCGGCUUAGGGACCGCUGGGCUUCAGGGCGUUCACGAUGCCUUGCGGACCAUCGUGGCCUUCCACCGCCUGAAGGCUGUGGCGGAGCAGCGCAAACCUGAGGAGGCGCUCCUCAUUGCUUCGGAAGAGAUGGCUCAUUUCAGAGCAGAUGGUGAUGGGCGGGGUGAAGGUUGUAUGCUCCUGGCUCUGGCUGAGAUCAACAUGGACCGCCGGGGCGCACGGAAGCGCGGUGAGGCGUUGGAAGCCGCCUUGAGCGCCUUGGCCCUCUUCCAGGAGGCUCAAGACCAGCGGCUCCAAGCCCUGACAUACCUCAUUCUGACAAACCUCUACUUCAAGAUGCAGAUGCCCGAUGAGGCUGAGCAUGCUGCAGAAUCUGGGCUGUGCGUCUUCCAGGCCUUGGGAGAUGAGAUGAACCAGGCAAAGGCCCUCCACGGCCUCGCCUUGACAAUGGCGGCCCGGCAUCGCUACGAUGGUGCCGCUGCCCACGCCGCGGAAGCAAGCGCUCUGUUUCAGAAGCUAGGGGACACCAAGCUGGAGGCGGCAGAGCUCGUGUCCUUGGCGCAAUGGCAGCUGGCUGCGGGAAAGCCGUUGCAAGCAGCAGCUUCCGCAGAGCAGGCUCUGAAGCUUUUCCGGGGCAUCGGUUACGGAAAAGGUUGGCCAGCAAAAGCGCUCUCGGUGUUGUGCGAGGCCCUGUCGCAGUCUGGGAGACCAGCUGCAGCGGCGAAGCUCGCGAAGAAGCAGGGUGUCCUUUUCCUUGAGGACCAAGACUUCGAGGGACAGCUGGCUUCGCAGGAGAUCGCCGCCCAGGCACACCUCACCUCUCGGCACCCAGAGCGUGCCCUCGACGAGCUUAAGGAUGCCCAUAAGCUCAUCGGAGAGAGCGGCCCAUCAAAGGCGAGGAUUCAUCGCGCUGAGGCGGCCUCCUUCUUGGCAGGUGGCGACAUUGCGGAGGCCGUGCAAACCCUGAGCCGUGCCGUAGACAUCGCGAAAGAGGCGAAGGACCAUCUGCAAGAGGCCCGGGCCCACCGGGAGCUGUUCCAGAUUUACCUCGGCUGCGGGCAGUUCUCAGCAGCAGCAAAGGCCGCCGCUUCCGAGCGUGUGGCCGCCAAAGACUCGAGGGGCGAAGCUGCCAGCUGCGUCCGCCUGGCCGUGGCGCUGGCGAACGGUGGCGACUUGGUGAAGUCACUGGCGGCGGCGGAGGAAGCCAGCGACCUGUCCCAGGCUGCUGGGGACCGGCGGGGGAAGGCCAGGGCUCUCCGUGUCAUCUCCGACAUCCACAGGCUGGACGGGAGCUUAGAUGCUGCUUUGGAGGCGAGCGAACAGCGCUUGAAGAUUGCCAGAGACCUUGGAGACCUACGCUUGGAGGCAGCGGCCAUGAAGGAGUUGGCUGACCUGCACCUUGCGGAGGGCAACUUCGGGGAGGCGAAGCAUUUGGCAACAGAGAGCCGGGACCUCUGCAAGCAAAGCGGAGAUCGCCACGGCUUGGUUCUGGCUCUCCUAGCUCUGACAGAAGUUGCCUUGGGCGCGGCGGACACGUCCAACCUGAAGGAGUCGUUGUUGCGGCCCUCGGCGGAGGCGGUUGCGGUCGCUGGAAAAGUCGGGGAUGGGAUGCUCCGAGCCCGGGCCCUGUACUGGAGAGCUCAUGCCCUGGGAGCAGUCGGCCGGCAUCCCAACGCCCGUCGCCAUGCAAAGGAUGCGGCCGAGUUGCUUUCCAAAGUGGGCGAUUCUGAGGGCCAGGUGCGCUGCUUGUUCCUGGUUGCCGAGCUGUACUCGGCCCAAGGCCUAAGGGCAGAUGCCCUUGCGCAACUUCAGGAAGUGCGCCGGCUAGCGAAGUCCUGUGGUGAUGCCGAGGCGGAGUGCGAAGCGGCGGUGCUCGAAGAGGAGGUCUCCCGCAAGCCUGAAGCUCAAAUGCCUCAAGCAGAGCCCGAAGUCGUGCCGCAGGCGGAUACUGCCACCCCAGCGGAGAAGCCCCAGGCUGAAGCGCCUCUUUCCUCGGAGCCGCGGAAAUCCCUGGAUCCGGAGAUUGUCUUGCAGCAGCUCCUUCGGCUUGUCAAGGAGGUCACCUCAACGACGGACGACAUUGAGUUGGACACGCAAUUUGUAGACGCAGGCAUGGACAGCCUGUCGGGCGUGACCCUGGUAACAAUGAUGAGCCGCGAGUUCGACAUGGCCUUCACGCCCUCCACCGUCUUCGACUACCCCUCGGUUCGCACACUGCGGGAUCAUCUGCUGCUUGAGCAGGGCGACGGGUAA